AUGUUCCAAAAUAUAAAUGACUUUAAAGAAUUUAAAGAACUUUGUCGCAAAGACAAAGUUCAAUUUCACACAUAUACCAUCAGUUCCGAAAAAGUUCUUACUGUAGUGCUCAAGGGACUAGUAAAACUGCCCGAUAAAGCAAUUAUAAACAACCUGAAAAGACAAGAACUAAACCCCUUAAACUACAUCGAAAUACCCACACCUACUAGAUAUCCUAUCUAUCGAGUCACCUUCGUACUAGGUACGACCUUCGCGAAAGUGAAACAUAUAAGAAAACUUGAAAGUAUAUUGGGAGAAAUUCGACUCGAAGAAACCGACAAUGCUACCGAUGUCAAGCCCACAGACACUCUUCAACCAAUUGUAAUAAGAAGGCAAAAUAUGUUAAAUGUGCUGGACUUCACGACUCCAGAGAAUGCACCAGAUAAACAUGUACGAACUGUAAAGGAAGCCACCCAGCCAACUACUCUCAAUGUUCGGUGCUACUCGCAUUUCUAG